UCCCGUUCUCUGCUCCAUCCCUCCUCGUGCAGAGGCUUGUUCUACUAUAAUCAUUGGGUUUUAUCGCAUCUAACGCUCCCUUUGCUUGAUUGAUAAGCUCCGAAUUUUCCAACAGCACAUAGAUAUACUCGACGCCAGGUACCCGUGAGAAUGGUGAAAGAAGGCGAGCGGUCAGCUCCCGCCGACAAGGGCAAGGGCAAGGUUGAUGAUGUGAAAGACCUUCCCGGAGCAAAGAAGGCCCCGGCCGAUGAAAAGCAACAAGCGGAUGGAAAGAAGAAGGAUGAAGAACCCCAGGAAGAGGAGCUAAGUGAGGAAGAUCAGCAGCUGAAAAAUGAGCUGGAGAUGCUUGUGGAAAGAUUAAAGGAACCCGAUACCACCCUUUACGCUCCCGCAUUAGAUGCUAUUAAGAAUUUUAUAAAGACUUCAACCUCUUCGAUGACAGCUGUUCCCAAACCUCUUAAGUUCCUCAGACCACACUACGAUGAGCUUACAGCGCUCUAUGAGAAGUGGUUGGCGGGGUCAGUUAAGGACUCCUUGGCUGAUAUGCUUUCGGUCCUCGGAAUGACUUACGGGGAUGAGGAGAAACUCGAGACGCUGAAGUACCGGUUAUUGACAAAGUCGGAGGACCUUGGUUCCUGGGGCCACGAAUACAUCAGGCAUCUAGCUUUGGAAAUCGGCCAGGAAUAUCAGAACAGGUUAAAUGCCGAAAAGGAUGUACAGGAUUUGAUCGAUCUUUCACUGUCCCUGGUUCCGUACUUCUUGAGCCAUAAUGCUGAAGCUGACGCCGUUGACCUUCUGAGCGAGCUCGAAAUAAUCGAAGAGAUCCCGCGUUUCUUGGAUGAGAAUACAUACUCGAGAGUCUGUCUAUAUAUGGUUUCCAUGGUCAAUCUCCUCACAUACCCCGAAGACCAGCAGUUCCUCCGAACGGCCCACGAGAUCUAUGUCCGUUACAAGGAGCUCACCAAGGCAGUUGUUCUCGCGAUCCGUUUGAACGAUACCGAGCUCAUCAAGAGCGAUAUCAAUGCCACGUCGGAUAGGGCGCUGAAGAAGCAGAUGGCUUUCCUUGUUGCCAGACAACAAAUUUGGCUAGACAUGCCUGAGGAAGAGGAAGACCAAUCUUUCAUGGAUUGUCUUAACAAUACCCUGAUCCCCAGUCAUUUCAAGUCGCUCGGAAAGGAGCUCAACAUUCUCGACCCUAAGAUGCCAGAAGAUAUUUACAAGACACACUUAGAAAGCAGCCGCGGAGCUGGCUUGACUAACGUCGACUCUGCGCGACACAAUCUCGCCAGCGCCUUUGUGAACUCAUUUGCCAAUGCUGGAUAUGGAAACGAUAAGAUGAUGCUGGUCGAGGGCGAUAAAGGCCCAUGGGUUUGGAAAACGAAGGAUGACGGCAUGCUUUCGACAACAGCCUCCAUGGGCAUGCUCUUGCACAGGGAUGUUGACGUUGGUCUCGACAAGAUCGAUAAGUACACAUAUGCAACGGAAGAUCAGAUUAAGGCUGGUGCACUGCUAUCCAUCGGUAUACUUAACUCGGGUGUCCGUUUGGAUUCCGAUCCUGCUCUGGCGCUUCUAAGCGACCCCGAUAACCUAGAAGCUAAGAAUGUGCCAAUGAGAGUCGCAUCCAUCAUGGGUCUUGGUUUGGCUUAUGCUGGAUCUAACAAGGAAGAACUUCUCGAUGUUCUACUUCCGAUUGUCGAAGAUGUGUCGCUUGAUAUGCAACUAUCUGCCAUGGCGGCGGUCUCCCUGGGUUUGAUCUUUGUUGGAUCCUCCAACCAUCAGGUCAGCGAGGCAAUUGCCACUACUCUGAUGGAUGAGGAGCGCCAAAAGCAGCUUAAGGAUAAGUGGACGCGCUUUAUGGCUCUUGGCCUGGCGCUCCUUUACUUUGGCCGCCAGGAAGAGGUUGAUGUUAUCCUUGAUAUCCUCAAAGCUGUGGAUCACCCUAUGGCUAAGCCAACCUCCGUACUUGCCUCCGUUUGCGCAUGGGCCGGAACAGGUACAGUUCUGAAGCUGCAGGAACUCCUUCACAUCUGCAAUGAUAUAAUUGAAGAAAAUGAUGAAAAGAAGGGUGAUGAGCUUGUUCAGUCAUACGCUGUCUUGGGUCUGUCGCUAAUUGCCAUGGGUGAAGAAGUCGGCCAGGACAUGAUCCUUAGGCAAUUUGGCCACCUGAUGCACUAUGGCGCUAGCAAUAUCCGGAAGGCAGUUCCCCUUGCUAUGGGCUUGAUCACCCCUAGCAACCCACAGAUGAAGGUGUACGAUACUUUGUCGCGGUACAGUCACGACAAUGACAAUGACGUUGCAAUCAACGCUAUCUUCGCCAUGGGCCUUUGCGGCGCCGGUACCAAUAACGCCCGUUUGGCACAGCUGCUUAGACAGUUGGCCAGCUACUACCACCGUGACCAGAACUCUCUGUUUAUGGUCCGCAUCGCCCAGGGUCUCCUACAUAUGGGCAAAGGCACCAUGACAUUGAAUCCUUUCCACACCGAUCGCCAGGUUCUAUCCAGAGUUUCCGCUGCUGGUUUGCUCACAGUCCUCGUGUCUAUGAUCGAUGCUAAGCAAUUCGUUCUUGCUGAACACCACUACCUACUCUACUUCCUUAUCACCGCCAUGUAUCCUCGCUUCCUUGUAACCCUUGACGAGGACCUUCAGCCUCUUACCGUGAAUGUGCGAGUGGGACAGGCUGUGGAUAUUGUUGGACAGGCUGGACGCCCUAAGACUAUCACUGGAUGGCAGACACAAAGCACACCAGUCCUCCUCGCACACGGUGAAAGAGCCGAGCUUGAGGAUGAGCAGUAUAUCCCUCUCAGUAGCACACUCGAGGGCUUGGUCAUUCUGCGCAAAAACCCUAACUGGGAAGGGGAGCAGAGCACUGCUUAAGUGAUAUACUGUUUUUCUAUAGGUUUUUACGCGUGUUUAAUCGAGCGCUGGAAGACACAAACGGCGCUCUGAUAUGAUUUGGUCUAAUGUAUUCAGCAUGAGUCGGGAAAUAACAUGCAUCGCUUUCCACGAUUAAGCCAUUGUUUGUAUCCGGUUAGAGUGUUACAGGUGUGGUGGAAGGCAUCCGAGCUUAUACGAAGUAGACCUGGGGCGUCACAGGCCAACACUUUUCACUGAACCUACAUUGUAGGCUAUAUAUAUCAAACACGUAUGACUAAAACAGGACUAGAAUAACAGUGGGUAUGGCU